UAUCUUUCUUAUGAAAAUGAUCUUCAUGUUGUUGAUCCAUGGCUUUGUAACAAUAAUAAAAAAGCUCAACAUUAAAACACUUCUCCAGGUUAUACACUAUGCAACCAAAACUAAAGGCAAGAUUAUUUUUCUCCUUGGCAAUAGAUGUUCUUACUAACAGGCAUAACAAUAAAUCAUUUCUGACUUUAUAAUGAUGCAAAAUUUUAAAAUAAAACACAAAAAAUCCACUCAAAUCAUGAACUAUCACUAUCUAUCAUGUCAAUGAGUAUUCUAUUCUAUCAAUCACCAGCCAAAAAGAAAAUUUUGUCACAAGUAAAUACCUCAAAUGCCUUGUCGAUAGGUUUGGAAUAGUUUAUAAAAGGAGGGAAAAGAGGAAUAACUGAAUAUGACAGUUAUAACCUCUGUAGUGUAAUUCUGUUUUUCUUUUUUAAAUCUGUCAUGUAACUGACUAUUAUGAAUAGUUAGAGGUUAUAGGAAAAAGGCAGUUUUGUGGUUUUCUGAAAGGACCUGAUAGGAGAGUGAGGAUCUCUCAAAGCUUCCUUAGUUGUAAUCUUGAGUUCUGGCUUCUACUCUUUUGGCACAAGCAGUGUUGUUCAAUACAAGUAAUCAAGAAUUGGUCUUGAUUGUUCUGUAUUACUAAUUGUCCCUAUCAAUUGGUAUUCAGAGCACCUUCUGGGUUCUGUGGAAAGGGUUCGUUAGAGCAUGGUCCAUACCAGAAUGGAGUCACGCAUGGAUGGGGUUGAACGAAUGGUCCAAGAAAUGGUUCAAGAUCGGGACAGACAUGAAAAUGAGACUCAUCAACGGUUCCAACGUUUGGAAGACAUGAUUCGUGGUCUUACAGUGGUGGUGGAGAAAAUAUUGUCAACAGAAAAAUCGGAAAGUGAUGAUAUUUCAGUCACAAAUGGAGAACGUUCUUCUACUUCGUCAAGAUGGAGAAAACUAGAUAUUCUAGUUUUUAUAGGAGAAGAUGCUUAUGGAUGGACCAAUAGGUUGAAGCGCUAUUUUCAUUUAAAGGAGGUAACAGAGGAAGAAAGGAUGAAGGCUGUUCUUAUUGCUUUGGAAGGAAAGGCUUUGAAUUGGUUCCAAUGGUGGCAAUCGUGUAAUCCCAAACCUACAUGGGAUCCUUUCAAGAUUGUACUGGUGCACAGGUUUCAACCGACCAUGUUGGAUAAUCCGUUUGAGAUUUUAAUUGGCUUAAAACAAACAGGUCUGGUUGAAGAGUAUAUUGAAAAUUUUGAACAAUAUGUUGGGUUCUUGAAAAACGUGGAGCAAGAUUAUUUGGUAGGCAUUUUCUUGAACGAGUUAAAAGAAGGUAUCAAGGCUGAAGUGAAGCUAUAUGAACCAAAAAGUCUUGCUGAACUAAUGAUGAAAGCUAAAAUGGUGGAGGAAAAAAUUAGAGUCACAUCUAAAAGCGAACUUCCAGGGUUUGGCAGCAACAAUUCAGGGGCCAAACCAUAUUCAGCUACUAAAACCUUUUCAAGAGAAGGCAGUAACUCGGUAGCUUCUAGUACUACCAAUAAGGACAGGGGGGAGAGCAGUGAGGUGUCUAAGAAAUUAAGGAGGGCUGUGUCAACGAGGAGCCCUUUUUCGAAAAUUAUCUGAUGCAAAAUUGCAAGACAAGAUGAGAAAAGGGUUAUGUUUUAUAUGUGAUGAGAAGUUUGAGCCUCAACAUGUAUGUAGAAACAAACAAUUGCACAUGUUACUGCUGUCAGAAGAUGAAAUAACUGAAUUGGGGGAAUUCUAGCACCACACAGAGACAACAGAAGAUACCUUGAAGGACACGAGACAGGCUUUACAAUUAUCCUUGUGUACCAUGGCUAGACUCACUACCAAGAAGUUUUGAAAACUUUGGGGUAAAAUUGGAGAGGAGAGCGUGAUUGUUUUGUUGGAUUAUGGAGCUUCCCACAAUUUCAUUUCAAAUAAUUUGAUUGGUAGAUGUGGGUUGCAGACAAUGGCUACUCCCUCUUAUGUGGUGGAAGUUGGAGAUGGUAGAAAGAUAGAUUGUCAAGGAAAAUGUGCAGAUUUUAUCUUGGAAAUCCAAGGAUUACAAAUUCGACAAGAAUUUUUCACUUUUGAGAUAGGUGGACCUGAUAUUGUGUUGGGCUUAGAGUGGUUGGCCAGUUUAGGGGAGGUUAAGGCAGAUUUUGGAAACUUAAAACUUACCAUUGGUGGAGGGAACCAGCAGCACAUGGUGAUCGAGGAUCCUGCUUU